AUGGAUAAUUCAUUCUUAAUAUCAAUUGCAUUACUAAUAAGUGGAAUUCUAAUCUUGAUAUAAUUGAUAGUUUUCAACUCAGACAUGAAUAAAUUGCAAUUGACUAUAACUAUUGGAUAGAUAAUUGCAAGCAGUGUAUUUUUAAUUAAACCUUUUUUAAGAAGAAAAAUAGUUUAUCUUAUUUCUUUUAUCAAUGCCCAAUAAAUUUUAUAGUAAACAAAUUUUGAUUUCUUAUUUCUGGUAUUAACCCAGAUUUUAAGUAGUGAAUUAGAUAUAGAGAUUAAACUAAAUAAAGCUUUUAGAAUUUUACUUAUAAUCUCUUAAGUCUUUAGAGUAAUAUUUAAUUGGGAAAAUGAUAUAUUUGAAGCAGUUUAAAAUAUUUUUUCGCUCAUUAUUUCUUGUAUGUUGUGGAUGAAAUAAUAUUUAUAAUCUAAAAAGAAGAAAUCUAGUAUUAUCCAAAAUUCAGAUGCUAACAACAAUAAUCUAUAGUAUAAUUCUUAGACAAACUUUAUAGUAUCAUUAAAAUUAUUAGAUAGUGAAUUAUCGAUCCUAGAUAAUCUGCCUAUCGGAAUAAUGCUCUUAGAUUAUUAAUAAAGUAUAAAAUAUUGUAAUUAAUUUGCAAAAUAAUAUUUUAAAAAUUUUGAUUGUGAAACAAAUGAAGAAAUCAGCCUUUAGUUAAAAAAUUAGUUAAUUAAGUAAUAUUUUCAAAUUCAAAUAGGAUAUUACUGGAUCAUAUUGGAGGACCUGAAGAAAUAAAUAAUAAUAAUGAUAUGUAAAAAUCAAAUAGAGCUUUUUUAUCAAGCAUAAGGAUAGAUGAUCCUAUUUAAGCAAUUUUUAAUUAAAAGGAAGAAUAAUUUAAUCUUAUCUACAAAUACAAAGAAUUAAGCAAAAAUGGGAUAUCUAAAUCAAAAGUAGUAAAAAUUUCUUUAUUACAAUAAUUUUAUAAAUCUGAGUAAGUUACAAUAGUUCUAAUUUAAAAUGUGUCAAGCAAAGAAAGAAAGAAAGAGUUAGCUUAAUUUAUCAAAUUUUAAAAUAGUAUUUUAAAUUCCUUUUCUCAUGAAUUAAGAACACCUUUAAAUAGUUCAUUAUAGCUAUUAGAAGUAUUAUCAUCAUAAUUGAAUGAUAAAAUGAAUCAUGAGUAUGUUUAUCCUGCUUUAAAUUCAAAUAAGUUAUUACUAUUUCAAAUUAAUGAUAUACUUGAUUAUGCAGCAAUGCAAUCCAAUUCAUUUGUACAUCACUAUUCCAAAUUUAAUAUAAGAGAGAUCGCAGAUUAUUUAAAGUAAUUAUACACAGCAGCAUGUAAAAGUAAAGGAAUACUUUUAACUUUUAAAACUAAAUUAAUAAAUUAAAUUGUGAUAAAUGAUAAAUAAAGAAUAAUCUAAGUUCUCAUAAAUUUAUUAAAUAAUUCAAUAAAGUUUUCUCCCUCAAAUACUCACAUUCGAGUUCAAUUUAAAAAUAAGUUUAAAUUUUCUCAUUAAUACAUUAAAAUAAAAGUCAAGGAUUAAGGUUUUGGGAUAUCGGAGUAAAAAUUAAGUUUUAUUUUUCGAGAAUUGCAUUCCGUUUCAUCUGAAGAAAGUGGAUAUUGGAUGACUCAAAAUUAAUUAUCUUCAGGUAUUGGAUUGAAAAUGUCAAAUCGUUUAAUUCAAGGCUUGGCAAUAAUUGAAUCAAGAAAAAAUUAAUUUUCAAUUAAAUCUGCUCUCUAAAAAUAUACAUAUAUUUCAUUUUACAUUUCAGAUAUGUUAUUCAUUAAAGAUGAUAAUGAAUCAAUUUCAAAUGCUUAAAGUGAUGAUAUAUUCUGUAUAUCAAUGAAUAAGAGUCUUGAUUUUAAAUUAAUUCAAAAUAUAAGCCAAAAAUCUUGUGAUUGUUCAGCAAUAUUACUUGUUGAUGAUGUUCCAUUUAAUGUUUAAGCUUUAAAGACUAUUUUAUUGUAAUAUAAAAUUAAUAGUGAUACUGCUUAUAAUGGUUUUGAGGCUAUAGAUUUAGUUAUCUCAAAGUAUUAACAAAAAUAAUGCCAUCCUUUUUAUUAAUUGAUAUUGAUGGAUAUAGAAAUGCCAUUGCUAAAUGGUAUACAAGCGACUUAAAAGGUAUAAAUAACAUAUAGAAUAAGAUAAUAUCAUUUUUCAAUUCAAUCAAUGUAAAUCCUCCAGUAAUUGUAGCUAAUUCUGCUUAUGAUUCAAAUAAAGAAGACUUGUCCAUAUUUUAGGAUACGUUACCAAAACCUGUAGAUUAAUCGAAACUUAAAUCUAUUUUACAAAAGUAUUUAACUAAUUUUUUUUGA